UAAAAGUGAAGUUAUGGACAUGGUCGACAAAUUUUUUGACGAUGAUGACGAUUUUAACUUUGGCUUUGGAUCAAGAAACAGUAGGUCUAAUGGAACGAGAUACAGCGACAGAAAUUUAUCAUCGAAACGCCGAGAAGAAAAUCCAUAUACAGUACGCGACGAUUUAAGUAAGUACAGGGGAUCUGUAGAGUCAGUAAAUGCUAGCUUAGCACGCUCAGACUAUGCUGCUUCGGACUCUGGCUAUCCUUUAACGGGACGAAGGAGAAAUUUGUCUGAUGUAGACGAAUUUGAUUCCAGUUUUUCAGAUAUUGCGAGCGACACCGGCCAUCGUAGGUUUUCGCGCCAUAAACCUGAAAGAAAUAGUUACUCAAGAAGAAAUGAUCACUCUGAAUUUGAUUCAAGAGCAGCAUCGCGCGCUCACCAAGACGACAAUUAUCGAUACUCACAUUUGUCAGAUAGGAAUACAGCAGUGUCAGCAGACGACAUUUUACAAAGGGCGGGAAAAUCAAUACGCGGUAACAGAGAUACUAACACAUCGAUAUCAGAUCGCAGUGAAAAUACUAAACAUAAAAGGAUAAACAAUUACAAUUUAGAAAGUAGAAAUGACAAUAAGUAUUAUAAUCGAAAGGACGGUGAAUAUUCAAGACUCGGUGACAGUGCGUUUGAGAUGAAUGAUGAAGACAACACGUGUGGUUCAGUAAAUUCGAUGCCGAAUAAUGCAUUUAGAUCACAAUCAUAUCAAGCAGACGACGAGGAGUUAUACACAAGGAGUUUACCAAAUUUAUCUGAAAGUGAACAAAGUAGCCGGAGACAGCAACAUUCGUCUGCUGAUGAUAAACAACAUUGGAAUGACAGACGAAAACGAAUAGAUAAAGCAUUAACAUGGAUACGGUCCGAACUUGGUGUUCUAAGGACGCAAGAUAAAGUAUUGAUGUCACAAUUCCAGAGAUGCCAAGAUUCCAUAGAAGAACUCAAGAAACAGCGGCCGUGGUAUGAAGUGUUCAGUGAUGACGAGGAGGAGGAAGAGGACGGUAAACAUUGGGAGGAUUGGGAGAUUGAUGAUUUUGACAAGUCCGAUGUUCGAGAAUUCAACAGAAGGUCGCAGUCAAUUCCGCACUAAAUCCAUAUCAUUACGAAGCUUGCCUAGUGUGUGAAUCGUGUUUUAUACAGCUUUCAUUCCACACAGAUCUGUCCACGUGUUAUCCACGUGUUGUGUGAAAUUAUAAUAUAUGUGAUAUUAUUUCGUGCCAUUGUUUUGAAAGUUUAUUUUCUACAGAUAUGUAAGGCCUAGUAUGUGACGUGAUAAGAGUGUUUUUAUCAUAGGUGAUAUCUAGAUAUCUUUUUGUAAUUUUUCAUUCGUAAGUUUUAUGAAGUUUGUCACAGAGUACAGUAGUGUUUUCUUCUUAUAUAGAUGUACAAUUCCUUUAUUUUCUGUAACAGAGUGAUAGUGUUUGAAACUGUACAUGAAUCUCCUACUUGUACAGAAAGAACUAAUGUGUGCUUUUGAUUUGUAAACAACUUGUAUUUUAAAGUGUUAACACGUGUUGGAUAAUUGUUGGAUUCAUCGUGAGUGCUGAACUACACAAAUGUAGUAUAAUGAGAGUGUUAAUUAAAUGAUAUGCGUAGUUUAGUGAAUUCAAAUUAGAAAAUGUGGUGUGCAACAAUUCAUCGGAUUUUUUUUUUCGUGAAAAACGUUUACAUUAAAAAUUUAUUUCAUUCUUUGACGUUUAUGUUAUAUUUCUCAAAGGCGACAGUGUAUGAAAAUAAAAGAAUUGAGUGGAUUUGUGAAAACGCAAAAAUCAUAAUUUGGCUAAUGUAUAAAGUGCACGUUGCUUGUGUGUGAAAGAAUGUUACAUCAUUGACAUUAAUCAUGUGAUAUUAAACACGUGGCAUUAAACACGUGACUUUAAACACGUGGCAUAAACACGGUACAUAACCAAUAUGAAGUAAGACAUCUAUAUUUUUGUAUUUAUUCGCAAAGGAUGAUACCGACAACGAAGUUUCCUUGUUAAUAUUUGUGUGUAGAUCUAUAUGUAAUGUAAAUAGUUUACUUUCUUAAACUUCUCUACAUUAACUUUCUUAAACUUAUCUACAUUACAGUAUUGAAAAAAAACCCGGAUGGAAUUGAUUAAGUCCGCAGCAUUUUCAUAAAUUGCGCCAAUGUUGUCAAUGUAAUUUAAAUGUUUUUAUUUAUUUAUUUUAUUUUUAUUAUUAUUAUUUUGCAAAACCGGUAUUUUGUGAAAGAUAACUCUGUUAUCUUUUUGUAUGAUUCAUUAUGUUAAUUAUUGAAACAUGUAAGGGAAGUAGCCCUAAUUUUAUAUAACUUGCCCUUGCGUUUGAUGUUAUAUGACCCGCGAGGUUUCUGCUCUUUACAAAUUUAAGGCAUGUGCUAGCAUUGAAUGACGUAUUCUCGAAAAUACAAUGUAUGUUGAUUUCAAUGUUAGAACGGUUUGAAACGACCCAUCCAAUCAAAUCAAUUACAGUAACAUCGUUUUUGUCUCAUUUGACACAAAAAACCCUUCUUAUCCAAUAAUGUUAAAGUUCUAAUCCAUCAAUAAAACAAGCUAACUUUCUUAAAUGGACUUGUCCAGCUUCUAUCAUUGAAACAGUUCAUUAUAGUUUGUGCCAUCCAAAAUGAAAAUGAAAACGAGGUUGAAUCAUAAAAAAAACAUUUUUGUAAACAAAAAUGGCACCCUCGCGAUUUUUCAUUAAAAUGUCUUCUUUUCUUGUAAAAGCAAUGUUUGAUUUAUCUACGGCAAGUCUCUGUUGUUUAUCUUUCGUAGCCAUUGCCGGAGUACACUUCAUUUUGAAGAUGAACGAGAGGAAUCACAUGUCAUGUUUCUAACUGGUUAAAAAAUCAAACUUAUGGAGCCAGCAGUACGAGCUGACCUAGCUGACAAAGCCUAAUAAUCACUUCCGGUUCCAGCAAGCUGAGCCGAAGUCUGGUUCCCUGCAAGUAUUUAAUACGGAACGGGGAAGGAAUUCCAGACUAGCUGACUUGGCCCUCUACCGGUGGCAAAGUCUAAUAAUAACUUCCUGUUCCGGGUUAAGUAAUAAAACAGCUCUGAGUUAUAAAAUGUUUCUGUUGGAAUCAACUGUAUUAAUUGUCCAAUAGGUUUAUACAAUAAGUGAGUUCAAAGUUAAAUGAAAGUCUCAUUUAGUGCUUGGAACGUACAAUGUAAAUAAUUCUGAUUUUUUUUAUUUGUAGAGAAUAAAACCCAGAUACUUAUUAAAUAGUUUUAUUAAGAAAUAAGUAACAGUUAACUGUAAAUGUAAAUGAAAGCGUGAGUGUAAUUCUUCUACCUCAUUGUCUAUGUACCUCAUUGUCUAUGUACCUCAUUGUCUAUGUACCUCAUUGUCUAUGUACCUCAUUGUCUAUGUACCUCAUUGUCUAUGUACCUCAUUGUCUAUGUACCUCAUUUAUUAGAACUAAUCAGCAGCGCAACGACACUAUGCUCCUCGUAGCCGUUUUCAAACAUUUCUGAACAGGGAAGGUCCCUUUUAAAAUUAACCACUAGGGCUUGCACAGAUUUCUGGCUUUAAAGCAGCACGUCCCAAGGUUCAUGCUAUUUUUCAAGAAAAUUUUGAAAAUGUAUUUAAGAGUUAAAUUGUUUGAAGUAACCAAAAGGAAGCAUUUUACAUGUUACAAACAGCAGUCACAACACGCGUAAAUUACCAAAUAGUUGUCAAAAUAUUUUAAAAGCCUAUACUGCGUUAGUAACACAGUAGAAUUCUUUUUUAAAAAAUACUGAAAAAAUCAAUCAUUAACCGCACAUAACAUGUAAUUAAAGUAUUACUUAAAUCUUGAAUCUUUUUACUUUUCCUAAAAUCUAAGAACAUUUCGUCUCAUGUUUGAUUUUAUGGAAAAAGUUUGGCUCAUCUGUGAGGCAUGCAGCUUUUACAUAAAAUAUAUUGAAAUCGAUGUAAUUAUUUUUUUAAAUCUAUUUUUCUAGUCUUGUUAUAUUUCAAACACUGCUAACUUGUGUAUAUAUUACACUUCUUUCAAUUAGAUUAUACUUUUUCAAUUUUGGGAUCUUAAACAAUGUUCGACAUCACAUGUUGUUUUUUUUCCUGAUAAGAAAUACAUUUAAACUUACUUAAUUGGGUCAUGCAAGAGCGGGAAAAUGUUCAUAUCCAGCCAUCCUCAUUUAAUCAAAAAAUACACGUACAUGUAUUACUAUUGCAUUAUUGGGUGUUUAUGUGUGAUAUUCUUUUAUCAAUAUAAAGACACUUCUAAAAAAUUAUAAUAUAUAUAUAUAUUAUAUAAAAUGUACUUAUAAAUGAAAUAUUGAUGAAAUAAAAUAUGAAUUUUCAUUUUCCGUAUUUUCGCUGUAAAUCUUUAUUUUCUACUGCAGUGAAACAUAUUUUCCGUAUUUUCACUGGUGUCUUGCCAGACUAAUUCUAAAUUCAGCCAAUACACAAAACUUUAGAGGAAGUCUUUCAAACUAUGAUGUAAAAAAAUAGAAAAAUAUAUAUAAUAAACAGAAAAUUCAAGUUUUUUUUAUAUACAGGAUUUAUUUUUAUCUGGUGAUAUGAAAAUUAUUAUAUUUCACUCGUGGCUACCACCACUCAUGAAAUAUUUAUGUUCACAUAAUUCUAUAAAAAUAAGACUUGUAUUUAAAUUGAAUGUCCUCUAUGAAUUAUAUGAUCUGAUAUUAGACGUAUAGGUAUUUUUUAGUAAAAUCAAAAUAUCUCUUUAACCACUAACCAGACGAUUGUUAUCAGAAUAUGUGCAUGUGUUUAGUUUUGAAAUUAUAAGAGAGAUGUUAUUUUAACAUGAUGAAUGCUUAUUGUUAAAUCUAUUCUUCUAUGUUCCAUAAAAUCGUGUUUUCAAUAAAUUUUGAAUGAAAUUUA